AUGUCAUCGCCCUCUCGACAGGUGAUCGACCCUGCAAUGUACAGCUACGCGGAUCUGGCCCCUUCAAACAAGCACAACUCCACCACCACCACCACUUCCACGGCAUCCUCGGGUGGUGUUCUCCCUCCAGCAUCAAAACUUCUCCCUUCCACAUCACAAGGUGGCAGUGCUCCGCUCACAGGCUGGACACCAUUGAUCUCGCGUACGUUUUCAAACGAAAUAAUUUCUCACAACUCGACUCCGAGCUCCAAAAUGCUUCCCUCGAUGUAUAAACAGGGAACCAACCCAGGAUCUGCGUCAGGCUACCAGAAUGUCCUGGAUUAUGAUUAUCCAGGAUUGAACUUGACCCCCUUUUUGACUCACAACUUGAAUCUCAUGAACAAUCCGAAUAGUGCUGGCAACUUCUCGAAUAACAUCAACUUCACUCCUUUCUAUGACAAGUCCAUGCACUUGGCAGACUUCUUCAUGGAGUCUCCCAUUAGAAAGACUCCUCUGAAGAUCGAGACCAUCACUCCGUCCAAGUUUUCCAUAAACCAGGGCCUGCUGGGCCCAUCACGAACUCUCGAGGCCAAGUUGAACUCUGCACUUUCGCUGAAACGUUCAAUUACUCAAAUUGACACCCCUGCUAGACACCCAUAUAAGAAAUACGAUUUGGGCAACAAAGCAGACUCUGAAGACCUGGACUCCGAGGACAAAGACGAUAAUGAAAAUGUCUUGAAUGCCCCCAAGGGAUACGGAGAUAACUUUGUCACUCCUUCGAAGAAGAAAGUCUUGCAUGAGGUUGGUGUGAACACGUUGAACAAGACGCCGAAUGUUCAUAAUUCUGCCAAAGCAAAGAACUUAUACCAGACGCCAGCAAAACCAAGUCUUGUGUCUUCUCCAUCCACUGUCAUCAUGUCUAGUGCUGCAAGAUCACCAGACAACGAGGUCAUCAAACAAAUGCCUCCAAGUCCGACUCCGCUUAAGGAUAAAAUUGAGGUUGCUGAGCCAAUCAUGGGAAUAUUCUCUGAGAAAAAGACUCAAGAGCCAAAACCAGCCAGAAAGCAAAAGAAGCAGCUGUCAGGAAUGAACAGGUUCCAAAUCGUUUUCACUGACGUGCACACUUUGAUGAAUAGUCGGAAAAAGAAAAACUCCGGUAACGCAUCGUCUUCUAAGCCAGAAAGAAGUGAAAAGAAGCGGAGCCACCAAAGGCUACCGAGCAACAAUUUGCAGUCGCCUUCGACCAACUUUUCAAACCAAAACCAAGCAUCCUAUCCCUCGUUCCAGCAGGCACUGUCAAGUCUUUCGGCUUCGCAGGAUUUCAAUAGCACUAUAAACACAUCCAGAGAAUUUAGCGUGCUUGGGAAUAAUUCAACAGUGAACACAACCAACUCAAAUCUCAACGUUACUUCCGACCAUUCAUCAUUUGAACUUAUGCACGGAGGCUUAAUGUCUACACCUAAUGGCAAAUACUUGCUUGAUAAUCUGUUUGAAAGAGGUUCGCCCCAGUCUAUUAAUCAAAUGCCAAUGACCCAUAUCAACAUGGAGGCUAAGAGUCACGAGCAUAUGAGACACGGAAACACUCAGCACAUGCCACCACCACCCAAGUCUCUACAACAGGCCGCACAGCAGGCAUUGCGCCAUGAUCAACAACAGCCCAUGAACAUGAUGAUGAGCACGCCUCAACACGAGCACAUCAACGGACAUCCUGGCGUAUAUCACAGUGACGAGUAUUCCCCAUCCAACAAGGACUCUAUGGCAUACAUGUACCAUCAAUUGCAUCAAUUUCACAAUAUGAACUCACCAGGCAAUAUGAACUUGCACAACAUGCAUCGACAACCUCCUCCGCAAAUGAUCCAGGAACAACAGCAUCCUAAUUUGCACGACAAGCAUGAACCACUUCCACAGAACACGGGGUCCAAAACCAAGGCCCGCAAGAAGCGAGUGCGUAGCAGGGCCAAAUAA